AGUGGAGUCUGUGUGGUGUGUGUGUGUGUGCCACAGCCACAAAGUCAUCUCACCAGCCACGUUGACGUCGGACCUGACACGGUUUCUCCAUCAAUGAUGAGACUCUGGAGCUUAAGUAUUUCGCUUACACUUCGCGUAGAAUUCUUUCCAAGCUACUUGAGACAGAUUUCUAUGUUCCCAUCACGACCGAAAUAUUUCAUCUCGGCAGGAUGGACAUACUUCAGCGCCUAGCUCGGUUCUUAGACCGACCCCUCUUCCCGUGGAAGAAGCUCAUCAUUGGCUUCUCCGUCGCCCAGUAUUGUUUCGAAGAGUUCUUGUCUUUUCGACAGUAUGGUGUCCUUCAGAAAACAAAGCCCCCUCAGGUUCUAGCGAAAGAAGUUACUCAAGAUGUCUACGAUAAAAGUCAGGAAUAUGGUCGAGCGAAAGCCAAGUUUGGAUUCGUUCGCGGUCUCUGGGGUCAAAUCCAAAAUAUUGCCUUCAUUCACUUUGAUGUUCUCCCGAAACUAUGGUCUUGGACUGGCAGUCUCCUCCGCUUUGCACCUGCUGGGUUUACCGGCGAGAUUUCACAUUCAAUUGUCUUCGUCCUUACGUUCAUUCUAAUCCAACAAGCACUGUCUCUGCCUGCAAACGUAUACCACACCUUCGUCCUAGAAGAGAAAUUUGGGUUUAAUAAGCAGACGCCAAAGCUGUUCAUCACGGAUAUGAUCAAAUCGAACCUUCUCGCCUUCGCCUUCGCACCCCCAAUUCUUGCUGGUUUCCUUAGUAUUGUGAAGAAGACUGGUACUCAGUUUGUUACAUAUUUAUGGCUCUUUACCGCUGUCCUUCAGGUUUUCAUGAUCACGGUCUACCCCAUUUUCAUUCUGCCGCUUUUCAACAAGCUUUCUCCGCUACAAGAAGGCAAGUUGAAGACUCAGACCGAGGAACUGGCAAAGAAAUUAAAGUUUCCCCUCCAUGAGCUGUUCGUCAUCGAUGGCAGUAAGCGCAGUGCGCACAGCAAUGCUUACUUCUUCGGUCUUCCAUGGAAGAAGCACAUUGUCAUCUACGAUACCCUGAUUGAGAAAAGCAACGAAGAGGAGGUUGUCGCUGUUCUUGCGCAUGAACUAGGACAUUGGAGCCUCGGCCAUACUACCAGACUUUUUGGCAUUUCACAGAUCAACGUUUUCUACAUCUUCAGCUUGUUCUCUGUCUUCGUCAACAACGCCUCCCUCUACGCGGACUUCGGAUUUACUAAGGAGCAUCCCAUCAUCAUUGGGUUCAUUCUGUUCUCUGAUGCAUUGGCUCCGAUGGAUCUCGUGAUCAAGUUACUCAUGAACAUUAUGAGCCGUCGGUUCGAGUUCCAGGCAGAUGAAUUUGCUCGCAACUUGGGCUAUAAGGCUGAAUUAGCUUCUUCGCUUAUUAAACUCCAGAUCCAGAAUCUUAGCACAAUGGAUGCAGACUGGAUGUAUGCGAGCUAUCACUUCUCCCACCCUAUUCUUUCCGAGAGAUUGAAGGCUUUGGAAUGGACACCAAUCCAAAAGGUGUCAGAGGAAGAGAGUGUUGAAAAGGCCAGUGGGCGAGAACUUUAGACAUCAAGUACUUAGGUAUAUAGUGCGUGUUCUCAAUCCGAAUAUACGUAGCUAGAUGUACAGUCAGAUACCUACAUGAGUAGAUACCGUUAGGAGAUGAUGAAAUAUGGUUCUACACGCACUCAGUUUCAAAUCUUAGUCGGAACCAUCAACAUCAAUUGUACCAAUACCAAUACCAGCAGCCAGACCGUGAAUUUGAUUGAUACAUAG